AUGUCCUUGGAGCCGCCCACAUAUUUGAGUUCCCUGCAGAACAACAUUCGAGCGCGCCCCAUUCCAUGGGAGGGGGCCGUCCGAGCUGGCAACAUCACCGAUGACCACUUCAAGAAGAUCAAGGCGGUGGAUAAGGUCCGCAAGGAACAACGACGUCAGACGAUAGAUGGAGAUCUCCAAGGUUAUAUCAGCCUACUCGCCGGUGGAGGUGAGGGCAAGAGCGUUUUGGACUCUGCCUCCAGGAGGAACGAUAUCGUGCAGUAUAUCCUCGUCCUGGCUGCCGAUUUGAUCAAUGAUGUCCCAUCUCUAUCCUCUGCACUUGUUGCGCAUCCUGAUCCAUACAAGCCUUUCCUCCCACUCCUCCGUCAGUCUACAAACGCCGAAGACCCAAUCCCACUACUCACUUCGACCUUCUUGACAAACCUCGUGUCUACCAGCCUUGUUUCCUCGUCAAAGCCCGCUCCUAGAGACGAACAGGCGCUUCCACAACUCUAUACCUAUCUCUCGACCCUGACAAAGAACCAAGACAGUGGGUUGCAAGACAUUGGGGUCCAGGGAAUCUCAUCAUUGCUUCGGACCUCGAGGUCAAGAGAAAUCUUUUGGAACCAAAGGAAGGAAACAGUGGACCCCUUGGUUGAUAUUCUCCGAGCUGCUGCGGGGGCGAAGGAUAAUGGUUCCAGCACCCUGGGUAGCAGUGUACGUGCCAUUGAGCCAGGUCUUUCCGGUGGGGUUGGAAUUCAGCUUUUAUACCGUGUCCUCCUUGUUAUCUGGCAACUGAGCUUUGAGGGAAACCUGAUUGGUGAUGAUUUACAAGAGGACCACGAGAUCAUCCAACUUUACACCCAUCUUCUGCGACUAUCCCCCAAGGAGAAGACGACUAGACUGCUACUCGCAACUCUCAACAACCUCCUCUCUUCUAACCGUACCACAUUGCUGCCCGUGGCCGUGUUCAUCCGCCUCCCCGCUCUCCUUACCAACCUUUCUGGCCGUCAUUUGACCGAUCCCGACCUUCUGGAGGAUCUCAAGUCUCUAUCUGACACGCUGGAUGAAUACACCAAGACGCAAACCACAUUCGAUCAGUACGCGGCCGAGUUACAAUCGGGUCACCUUCGCUGGUCCCCACCCCAUCGUAACCCGCUAUUCUGGAAAGACAACGCCCGUCGGAUUCUGGACGAGGCAAACGGCUCGCUUCCCAAGAAGCUGGCUGAGAUUUUGUCCAAGGCCUGGGACAACGACAAGCAGGUUCUUGCCAUCGCAUGCAAUGAUGUUGGCCAUUUAGUGAAGGAACUGCCAGAGAGGCGUACUCAGCUGGAGAGGUUAGGACUGAAGACCCGGAUCAUGGAGUUGAUGGCCGACAAAGACGAGUCGGUCAGGUGGGAAAGUUUGCGAGCUGUUGGGGAGUGGCUCCGUUAUACCUUUGAGGGCUGA